AUGACAACGCCGGAGCGCUGCCGUAAAGCGCGGCGGCAGUCCGGGGCCCGCGGUGUCGCGCGGGCGUCGCGCGGUGCCGUCGGGCGGCCCGGCGGGGGGCGGGGCUGUGGCGAUGGCGGCGCAGGCCCGGCCUGGGCCCGGAGCGGGAGCGGCCGGGGGGGCCCCGAACUGAGCCCACCCACCCCCCCGGGGCACCGCGGGACCCCCCGGCACACCCCGCCGAGCGCUCGGGUCGGCAGCCUGUCGAGCAGCCCCGAGGACAUGUCGGCCGAGGACGGGCGCGAGACGUCGUCGGGGAUCGAGGUGGAGGCGUCGGACGUGAGCCUGAGCCUGACGGGGGACGAGCCGGCGGCGCCCGCGCGCGGCCCCCGCGGGGACACGGACAGCGACAGCUCCGGGGAGCGCGACUCGGACAGCAUGGACGACACCGGCCACUACUCCAUCCCCGAGGAGCCGCGCGGCGACGGCGACGAGGAGGAGGACGAGGAGGAGGAGGAGGAGGAGGAGGAGCAGCGGCGCUCCCGCCGCCGCUCCCUGCGCAAGCGGCCGCCCCACGAGCGCGACUCGUCGGACGAGGAGCAGGCGCUGGAGGACUGGGUGGCCUCGGAGACGUGGGCGCUGCCGCGGCCGCGCUGGAGGGCGAUCCCCGCGCUGCGGCAGCGCCAGCUCGGCUCCUGCGCCCGCUUCGUGCCCGAGGCCUGCGGGGCGCGGCUCUUCGUGCAGCGCUUCCGCCUGCAGCACGGCCUGGAGGGCCACACGGGCUGCGUCAACACCCUGCACUUCAACCAGCGCGGCACCCGCCUGGCCAGCGGCAGCGACGACCUCAAGGUGCUCGUGUGGGACUGGCUGAGGCGCCGCCCCGUCCUGCAGUUCGACAGCGGCCACAAGAGCAACGUCUUCCAGGCGAAGUUCCUGCCCAACAGCGGGGACUCCACGCUGGCCAUGUGUGCGCGGGACGGGCAGGUCCGCGUGGCCGAGCUCUCGGCCACCCAGUGCUGCCGCAGCACCAAGCGCGUGGCCCAGCACAAGGGGGCCUCCCACAAGCUGGCGCUAGAGCCGGACUCUCCGUGCACGUUCCUGUCGGCAGGCGAGGACGCCGUCGUGUUCACCAUCGACCUGCGGCAGGACCGACCCGCCUCGAAGCUGGUGGUGACGAAGGAGAAGGAGAAGAAGGUGGGGCUUUACACCAUCUACGUCAACCCGGCCAACACCUUCCACUUCGCCGUGGGCGGCAGAGACCAGUUCGUGAGGAUUUACGACCAGAGGAAGAUCAACGAGAACGAGAACAACGGGGUCCUCAAGAAGUUCUGCCCCCACCACCUGGUGAACAGCGAGUCCAAAGCCAACAUCACCUGCCUCGUCUACAGCCACGACGGCUCAGAGCUCCUGGCGAGCUACAACGACGAGGACAUUUACCUGUUCGACUCCUGCCACAGCGACGGCGCCCAGUACAUCAAGCGCUACAAGGGGCACCGCAACAACGCCACGGUGAAAGGGGUGAAUUUCUACGGCCCCAAGAGCGAGUUCGUGGUGAGCGGCAGCGACUGCGGCCACAUCUUCCUGUGGGAAAAGUCCUCGUGCCAGAUCGUGCAGUUCAUGGAGGGGGACAAGGGGGGCGUGGUGAACUGCCUGGAGCCCCACCCCCACCUGCCCGUCCUGGCCACGAGUGGCCUCGACCACGACGUCAAAAUUUGGGCCCCCACGGCCGAGACCCCCACGGAGCUCACAGGGCUCAAGGAGGUGAUCAAGAAGAACAAGGUGGAGCGGGACGAGGACAGCCUGCACCACACGGACAUGUUCGACAGCCACAUGCUCUGGUUCCUCAUGCACCACCUGCGCCAGCGCCGCCACCACCGGGUACGGCUCGGCCCCGCCCCCCCAAAAACGGGGCUGAGGCCUCACAAACUCACCAAGUCCCUCUGCAGCCACUCGGGGGGGCAGAGACCCCCCCCCAAAUUCACCUGA